AUGGAAACAGAGCACCCCAAGAAGACCCGCAAAUAUGGAUACUUUUUUACAGAACAGAGUGAACCGGCAGCCUCUGUUUUAUGUAAAAGCAUUAUAAGAGAUCCAACACUCACACAUUUAAGGCUAAUUUCGCAUACAGUCGUCGGCUUGCUUAUUGGAAUGCUGUAUUAUGAUAUUGGAAUGGAUGCUGCAAAUGUACAGAGCAAUGCUGGAUGUAUUUUCUUCACUGUGAUGUUUACAAUGUUUACUGCUAUGAUGCCUACUAUUUUAACAUUCCCAAUGGAGAUGAGUGUGUUUGUGAGGGAGCACCUGAAUUAUUGGUAUUCACUCAAAGCGUUCUACUUCGCUAAGACGAUAGCGGACUUGCCUUUUCAGAUCGUGUUUAGCGGCGUCUACGUAAUAAUCGUGUACUUUAUGACGAGUCAGCCGAUGGAGUUGGAUCGGAUAUUAAAGUUCGCGGCCGUUAAUAUCCUCACGGCGCUGGUCGCCCAGUCCCUAGGCCUUCUCAUUGGAGCCGCUAUGAAGAUUGAAACGGGGGUCUAUCUCGGGCCCGUGACUACAAUCCCAGUGGUCCUAUUCUCAGGUUUCUUUAUCAAUUUUGACGCCGUUCCCGAAUACUUAUCUUGGCUCACAUAUGUCAGUUACAUUCGAUACGGAUUCGAAGGAGCAAUGCUAUCCGUAUAUGGCUACGACAGAGAAAAACUCAAAUGCUCCAUCGACUUCUGCCAUUACCGAAAGCCGAGCCAAUUCCUCAAAUAUAUGAGCAUGAAUGACGCAAACUUUUGGGUAGACAUCGGUGCUCUCACCGUGUUCUUUAUCGGUAUUAGAAUAAUCUCCUAUCUAGUUCUAAGAUUCAAGUUAAAAAUGAUGCAGUAG